CUAUGACACUACUAUAACAAGUUUUCAACUACAAUGUUGUCAACUCACUUUGUAAAAGAAAUCCAUCCCAUUGGAGAUCAACAAGUAACUCUCACUGCCAAUCAUUAUAACCCAAAAAUGGUUUUCGUGUAUCUGCGAUAUGUCACUCUCAGUUUUCAAAGUUGGGAAAAGAAAAAGAGGGUUUGCUUCAACUGCAAGUCAAAAACACUGAGGCCAUUUUUGGUGCAGUGCGUUGAACAAAAUAGGCGUGAAGAACAUGGUCUUGUUGAAGAGUCUUUGGAUAAGCGAGCUUUGCGUCGGAAGUUGACGUCUUCCGAAAAAUUCAACCGUAGGGGCUUUGCAGAAGAGAAAGAGGCAACGCAAUUACUCAUGAACUCGGAAUUUUCCUCCACGCUUUUGCAAGAAGCGAAAGCAGGAAACAAUGAAAUCCGCAGUGGUCAAGUGACUGUGAAGCUAGCAGACUCGUAUGGUUUUUGUUGGGGAGUCGAAAGAGCAGUUGCUAUGGCUUUAGAAACAAGAAAACACUUUCCUAAACAGAAAAUAUGGAUUACCAACGAAAUCAUUCACAAUCCCAAAGUGAACGCAAGAUUGGCUGAGUUAAAUGUGCAGUUUGUACCACAUAAAGAUUUUGUGAGAGAUUUUAGUGCAGUUUCCAGUGAAGAUGUAGUUAUUUUGCCUGCUUUUGGUGCCACGUUGAGUGAGAUGGAAUAUCUUUCCAACCUCGGUUGUCAGAUAGUGGACACUACCUGUCCUUGGGUUUCUAAAGUCUGGAAUUCAGUGGAUAAACACAAAAGAGCAAACUGUACUUCUGUUAUUCACGGCAAGUGGAAUCAUGAAGAAACUAUUGCCACUGCUUCCUUUUCGGAAAAAUAUAUUAUUGUUUUGAAUAUAGAACAAGCACAAUAUGUUUGUAAAUAUAUACUAUAUGGAGGAGACAAAAAUGAGUUUAUUUCAAAAUUUAAAUACGCCAUUUCUUCAGGUUUCGAUCCAGAUACGGAUUUGGAAGCUGUAGGAAUUGCCAAUCAGACUACAAUGUUGAAGAAUGAGACAAACGCCAUUGCCAAGUUAUUUGAGGAAACUAUGUUGAAAAAGUUUGGACCUCAGGAACUUUCUAAACAUUUCAUUGCUUUUAAUACGAUUUGCGAUGCCACACAAGAACGUCAAGACGCUAUGCUACAUCUCAUUGAACAACCAUUGGAUUUAGUUUUAGUGGUGGGAGGAUUCAACUCGAGCAAUACUAGUCAUUUGCAAGAAAUUGCUGAGAGAAAAGGCAUUCCCAGUUAUUAUAUCGAUGGACCUGAAAGGAUAGGUCCCCAAAACCGCAUUGUAUUUCGUUCAUCUUCCAGUCAAGAGUUGAUUGAAAAGGAAAACUUUCUUAAACAGGGACCUGUUACUGUUGGUGUAACUAGUGGAGCUAGUACUCCUGACAAGAUUGUUGAGGAUGUUUUAGAGCGCGUUUUUAUGAUCCACAAGUUAUAUUGUAAUACUUGACUAUAUAAAGAUAUGGGGGAUUAGAUUAAUAUAAGUCAUCAGGCAUUUUUAGUCCUUUUGUCGAAAAGGAAAUGGAUAUAAAGAAAACAAUGU